AUGGCAAAGAGACCACUUGGGUUAUCGAAGAGUAACAAAGCUAAAAGGGUCAAGAAAGAUCAAAACAAUGAAGGUGCAGGCACCUCUAAUAGCAAUGCUAGCAGUAAAGAAGGUACUCCACAAUUGACUUUGGAAGUUGAAGAAGGUGAAGACCCAGAGAAUGAAUUAGUUCAAUUACGUGCUAUGUGGAAAAGAUAUUUUCAUGAAGAAAGACAAUCGGAACCACUAUUGAAUGGUGUUAUUAAUGAAUGUAAUGGCUUAUUGAUUAAGAGUGAUAAAGAAGGUACCCAAUUGGAUACUGAAUAUUUAGCUAUCUUUGCAUUCGCUUUAGUUGAAUCGAUCUACACUGAAGAUGGAUAUCAUCCAGAAAUGCAUGAAUUAUUCGAACGCGCAUUAGAAGUUCUUGAAAGAGGUUUUAAACAAGAUCCUGAAAAUAAAUUAUUAGGACUUACAUUUGCUAAUUUAUGUUUUACUAGAAUUAUUACUGAAUAUAUGUCACAAUUAAAACCUGAAAGUCAAGAAUCUGAAAAGAAAUGGGCAAUUGAAAAUUUAUUAAAUGAUGCAAUGUCAAAAUUUUCAAUAUAUGAUAAAGAUAUUAAAAUGACAUAUUCUGUUUUAAAUGAAUUGAAUACUUUAUUAGAGCUUGUAGGUCAUUUUAAUAGUUCAUCUGCUGUCGCUGAAGAUGGUCUAGAUAGUGAUAUCGAAGAAGAUGCUGAAGACGAUAUUGAAGAGGACGGCGAGGAAACUGCUAUUAUUUCAAAGACUCAUCCAUUGUACGAUACUAAAUUGAAUUCUCGUUCUCAUUUUGAAUGGCAAAGACGUCAAUUAAUCGAAUUAUAUGAAAAAUUAUCAUCAAAUGAUAAAGAUAUUAAAUUUAAGAGAGAUGUUGCAACAAUGAUUGGAGAAUUAUACUUGAAGAAAGCUGCAUCUCCAUCGAGACAAUUUUUAAAUUUAAGAUAUGGUGAUGAUAAAGAUGGAGAUAUUACUCAUGGUCAUGUCUGUCAAGAGGCUCAAGAAAAUGCGAUUAAAGCUAUUGCAUCUGCAUUAGAAUAUUUAAGACUUGCACAAGAUCCAGAUUCCACGGAUUCUUGGGUUGCGAUUGCUGAAGCAUAUAUUGAUUUGGGUAAUGUUUGUGAUAAUGAAUCAAGUGAACAAGAAAAUGCUUAUGGUGAAGCCGAAAAAUUAUUGCGUAAAGCUAAUAUUGCUGCACACGGUAAAUAUGAUGAAGUAUUAUCUAGAUUCCUAGAAGAUCAAGCUCAAUAA